ACUCUAACUCGUCAGCUCCCAGAGCGCCUGCAUUUUCUUUGGAAGCCGCUUGGAGGUUCAUUAAUAUCAUUAGCAUUUAACCCCCUCCCUCUUCCCAUCUCCUCCCCGCACAUGGCUGACGUCAGACCCCGCCAGGAGUUGGGGGAAAAGCUAAGUGGGCCAGGGACGCCCUAUUCCCCUCCCCGCGGCUGCCUGUCAGAGCGCUUCUGGAGAUAUUACCCGAGCCCCGGCCCGCAGCGACAGGCACAAAGUCACAGGGUAAUGAACUUCGGGGACCCUUCGCCGCGGCGUGCUCGGCUGUCCCCGGAAACUCGGACCUGGCCACCUCUUCCCUUAGAAGAUCUCCCAGCAAUCUAGUCCCCCCUCUCGGCGCCGGGGCUCCGGCAGCGCCGAGCUCCUCUGCCUCGGAGACCGCGGCUGUGAUUUUCGUCUUUCCAGAGAAGAUCCGCGGUCUGUAGAGAUCUGCUCACUGGGCACGCCUGUGCGGAGCGAGAGGUUGGAAACUGAGUAGCAGGAAUGGGGAAGGAGAGGAAUCUUGCCCUUUUUGCUCCGUAGGAAGACCAUUUCCGUGUCUCCGUCUCUGUGCUCCCACAUUCCCCUGGUGCUGUCCUCCCUCUCCAGCCUGCCUGUCCAUCUCUCCAUCCGUCUGUUCCCGCCUGUGUCCACAGCAAGCCGUACUCCCAACAGCUGCGGUUUUGCUAGAGCCGGGAAGAAACUUAAGGAUGCUUCCAUUUCCACUGUGGAACGAAUUCUGAGCGCCGGGAGAGCAGGGCGGCGCGCAACCAAUAGCCACCUGUCCCGCCCGGGAGCCUUGCAGGCUGGAGGGCGGCUGGAGAGCGGCGGCGCCCGGCGGCGACGUGGGCGCUGCGGGCCGGGACUCCGGCGGUGCCCACCAACCGCUGCGCCCCGGGACCGCCAGCAUGAGCAAGCCCGCCGGAUCAACAAGCCGCAUUCUAGACAUCCCCUGUAAAGUGUGUGGUGACCGCAGCUCCGGCAAGCACUACGGGGUCUACGCCUGCGAUGGUUGUUCUGGGUUCUUCAAGAGGAGCAUCCGAAGGAAUCGGACCUAUGUCUGCAAGUCUGGAAACCAGGGAGGAUGCCCGGUAGACAAGACACACAGAAACCAGUGCAGGGCGUGUCGACUGAAGAAGUGUUUGGAAGUCAACAUGAACAAAGAUGCCGUGCAGCACGAGCGGGGCCCUCGGACGUCCACCAUCCGCAAGCAGGUGGCCCUCUACUUCCGUGGGCACAAGGAAGACAACGGGACCGCUACGCACUUCCCCUCGGCGGCACUGCCCGCCCCCGCUUUCUUCACGGCGGUCACUCAGCUGGAGCCGCACAGUCUGGAGUUGGCCGCGGUGUCUGCCACCCCUGAACGGCAGACCCUCGUGAGCCUGGCUCAGCCCACGCCCAAGUAUCCCCACGAAGUGAACGGGACCCCAAUGUAUCUCUAUGAAGUGGCCACUGAGUCGGUGUGUGAAUCAGCUGCCAGGCUUCUCUUUAUGAGCAUCAAGUGGGCCAAGAGUGUACCAGCCUUUUCCACCUUGUCUUUGCAAGACCAGCUGAUGCUUUUGGAAGAUGCUUGGAGAGAACUGUUUGUUCUAGGAAUAGCACAAUGGGCCAUUCCGGUUGAUGCUAACACUCUACUGGCUGUAUCUGGCAUGAAUAGUGACAACACAGACUCCCAGAAGCUGAACAAGAUCAUCUCGGAAAUACAGGCUUUGCAGGAGGUGGUGGCGAGGUUCCGACAGCUCCGGUUAGAUGCCACUGAAUUUGCCUGUCUGAAAUGCAUUGUCACUUUCAAAGCUGUUCCUACACACAGCGGUUCUGAACUGAGAAGUUUCCGGAAUGCCGCGGCCAUUGCAGCUCUCCAGGACGAAGCUCAGCUCACGCUCAACAGCUACAUCCACACCAGAUACCCCACUCAACCCUGCCGCUUUGGGAAACUCCUGCUGCUUUUACCAGCUUUACGUUCAAUUAGCCCGUCCACCAUAGAAGAAGUGUUUUUCAAAAAAACCAUCGGCAACGUGCCGAUUACAAGACUGCUUUCAGAUAUGUACAAAUCCAGCGACAUCUAAGCUCUCCAGCACCCGCUUUCCAAGAUGGGGCAGUAGCAGACGGACUUCUACCAUACAGGACAAGCCUCAACUAACACACCCUCCUGGAAGGAGAAACCUGGGAAUGAAUUGCCUUCAGGAAAAAAUGCCAGUGGACACAAAACAAUAGCUAUGACCCAGGGCUCCACGGAAGCGGGACAGCUGGGGAAGCCAGGUGGUAAACAGUUACUGUUGCUGUGCCCUGGGAUGGGUGAACCGGGGCCACCACAGGCCGAGCCAGCCUUUCUGCCUCUGACCUGGAAGAUCCGGCCGAACUCUUCAAAGUUGAAAGACAAGCCGACCCUCUUUUCCUCUUUAGCACAUCAAGUCAGUUGAUCAACAAUAGCUUUGUGUAACAUCAUACUGCGGCCUUCAGAACUCGGUCGGGUUGGAGCAUUUUACUUUAAAAAUAAUGCUUAGGUUUUAAAUCAAGAGUAUUAUCGAAAGUUUCCCUUCUAUCAUAAUACUUUAUUAAGUGGCCUUCAGAACCAAGUGAGCAAGUGAAAUGUAGCUUAUGCUGUGUGAUCCCCUCCCCCACCCCCUUUUCCGUUCUUUUUUCUUCUUUUCUUGGUACCACACACAGGCCAGGCAAGCUCAUCAAAGGAACUGACCACAAAAAGGAGUUUCUCGCCAAGACUUAGCAUCACAAACCAGAAGAGCUCUCCUGAAAGAACUUCAGACCAGGGAAGACGACUCCAAACAGCCAAACCAAAUAAAGUGGAGCCCGGUGACUGGGUGAGGCUGAUCGCUGUCCCGUCAUCACAGUGCUGAAGCCAAAGGCUGCAGGGUCAGCAAGUCACACCAGACGGUACAUGAACAUGCAAGCCAGAAGGAAUUUCACGGAGAUGCCUGCUAAACAGGUUCCUGAUCAUUCCAGUGCUAACAGCCUGGGAGUCUUGAAUGCCUUUCAGAAAACUCUGGUUUCUAAUAAAGCCUCGAAUGCAUACACACACACACACACACACACACACACACACACACACACACACCCCACAUCACCCUACACUCUAAGCUGCUCCUUGGGUAUGAAUCUAUACUAUGGAAAUGUAGGAACAAACAUUUUUAAAUAGCUGCUGUACUUUUCACAUUUUGACUUAUUAGGUACUAGCACUGAGGGAGAGAGAUUCAGCACUUGGACUAGCAUAGGAUGAAUCAAACUUCUCUUGUACAAAGUGAAUUAACUGAUUUGUGAAGUUAAAAGGCUGUACUCAUUGUAUUUACAAAGAAUAAAAAUAUAUUGAAUUUAAGUAAA